UGCGCUUCACGCUCCGGCUCUGCCGGUCGGUAGCACCAGCGGGACCACGGCUGGCUCUGGUGGGAAGGAUUCUUCAGCCACAGGUCCCGGCCUCUUCGGAAAACCGCAACCCCCUUCUGGGAGCCCAGGGCUCGAAGGGACAGGCGCGCCGGGUGCACCAAGCCACCGGCCUCAAAGCUGCCGGUGCCGUGAAUUCAGCCCUGCCCGCGGCCAGGCUGCCUCCUCAGCGCUGACCGGGGGCUGGCACCUCCUAAAGGCCACCCCGACCCCCGGCACGGCCGGUUGAAGGGGCAGCAGCUGCCCCCCUCAGGCGUCGCUGCCCGGUAGCAAGCGGGGGGCCCCGGCCAAAAGUGGCUUUUGGCCCCCGGUGGUGCGGGCGGGGCGCGGUGGCGGUUUCCGGCAGUCCCGGGGAGGCAGCGAACGGCCGGAGCUUGCACAAGCCACCCCGGCCUGGCUCCUUUCCUCCGCGCUGGGACGGUCACAUGAGCAGCCGUCGGCGGACAGGGCGCUCCCGGGACGGCCAACAUGGAGCUGCUGGGGGGACACGCCGGCCGCUUGGCCCUCGGCCUGGCGCUGCUCUGCUCCGCGCUGGAGGCGCCGCCGGCCGGCCCGCAGCCCCGCUCCGCUGUGGGGCAGUUCUGGCAUGUAUCUGACCUACAUUUAGAUCCGACUUACCACAUUACCCCUGAUCGCACCAAAGUUUGUUCUUCUUCCAAAGGAGCCAAUGCCACUGACCCAGGCCCUUUUGGAGACUUUUUGUGUGAUUCUCCAUAUGAACUUAUUUUGUCAGCAUUUGCAUUCAUGAAGGAUCCAAAACAGCAGGUUUCAUUCAUGAUUUGGACGGGAGAUAGCCCUCCUCAUGUUCCUGUAAAAGAACUCUCCACAAAACUGGUCAUUAGCAUCAUUGGCAACAUGAGCUCUACAAUUCGUAAUUUCUUUCCAGAUCUUCAGGUUUUCCCAGCCUUGGGCAAUCAUGACUAUUGGCCACAGGAUCAGCUUCCUGUAACAACCAGUGAAGUUUACAAUGCUGUAGCAGAUUUCUGGAAACCUUGGCUGACUGAUGAAGCGAUCAAUACCUUCAGAAAAGGUGGCUUCUACACACAGCUGUUUGAAUCCAGUGAUAGCUCUCAAUCACUCAGGAUAAUCAGUCUGAACACAAAUUUAUAUUACGGCCCCAACAGUGUAACUGUGAAUAUCACUGACCCAGCCGACCAGUUUGCCUGGCUGGAGGGAAUAUUAGAAACCUCUUCACAAAAGAAGGAAAAGGUAUAUAUAAUAGGACAUGUACCAAUAGGAUACUUGCCAUAUGCAAGGAAUACUACAGCUAUCAGGGAGCAUUACAAUGAGAGACUGGUAAAGAUUUUUCGCAAAUACAGUAAUGUUAUUGCGGGGCAGUUUUUUGGACAUACACAUAGAGACAGUAUCAUGGUCCUGCUGGAUGAAGAAGAAAAGCCAGUAAAUUCCUUGUUUGUGGCACCUGCUGUAACCCCAGUGAAGAAUGUGUGGCAACUGGAGUCCAAUAACCCUGGUGUCAGAUUAUAUCAAUAUGAUCUUCUUGAUUACAGCUUGCUGGAUCUCUGGCAGUUUUACUUGGACCUCAGAGAUGCCAACAAGAAAAAUGAAUCGAACUGGAAAUUAGAAUACAUCCUGACUGAAGCUUACGGCAUUGAAGAUUUGAAGCCGGAAAGCCUGUAUGAAAUGGCCAAGCAGUUGUCUCUGCCACACAGCAUACUGUUUGAGCGGUAUUACAGUAAUUUCAUUGUGAGUUACGACAAAACCCUUGUCUGUGAAGAGGGAUGCAAGGCCUGCCAGAUAUGUGCCAUCCAAUAUUUGGAUUACUCCUCGUACACAGAUUGUAUCAAUCGUGAAGCAACAUGGAGAUGAAAUCUCCUUGCAAUUUAUGCUGAUAGUGGCUUUAGCCUGUGAUUUAAAGAACCUGCUUAUCCUUUGCCUCAAGCAGGGACAUGCUGAGAGGGAGCCUGUGGGUCUUCUCUGAAUUUCAAGGGUGCAAUAAGUCUCCCCAGAUCUUUCUUCUUGUAAACACAUUUUCCUUCCACAUCUAGAUAAAAAUUUAUUUGCUAUGUAAUAGUGGCCAGAUACUUCGUUGUUGUUUCAGGUGUUCUUUGGAAAUCCAAGUCUGUUCUCAGGGUGUGUAAACGUAGGCAAUGCCAUUUCAGGCAGGGGUUUGUAUGGGGGCAGGCUUCAACCAUCUGCUGUCACAAUUUGCAAGCUGAAAUUUGCAAAACCCGCAUUUGUGGAGACUGCAGUGCAGUUAUGUUGUUGAUAUGAUGCCAGUAUUGGGCACCUUCCUGUGCCAAGUUUCCUUCUUAACCCCUUAAGCCCACCUCUGUUGAGUGGCAUUUUCUAACAACAGCAUAAAAGUAACUUAAUGGAACACAAACUUCUGUCCUGUAAAUACUAAAUGCGUUUUUUUCAAAAGUGUGUGUUUGCCCAGCACAAAGUGCUUUUUUCUUAUAGGGCUAUGUACAUUGGUACUGCUAUCAAGCAGUCUCCUGGUAUAAGAUUUUGCAGCAGGCCAUGAAUCAGGUUUAAAUUGAUCAACAUCACUAGACAUAGCAUGUAUGUUCUCUGUGCAGCACAGGUAAACAUAUACUUGCCAUGGUGUUUCUCACGUUUCUUUUUUCACAGAGCAGUCUAAUACUUAAUCUGAAGAUUAUCACAGGUAUGAAUUUACAAUUGCACAGACCUGUUAUUAUUCUUCUUGUGGUUAAAUGUGUGCACAAGAUGAGAAUAUUAAGUAGGGCAUUUAUCUAGUGUGUAUAACCAAGAAGGACUUUUACUCAUUUUUCUGUCACAUCAAGAGCUAUACUUUUGGAACCUUUGGUCAAUGUACUGCCAUACAGACCCUUCACUAGAUAAUAUUAUUCCAGGGUAACUGGAGCUGUAGAAGUGGUUAUGAGAGAAAUCCGAUUGCUAACUGUUUAUUUUUGUGAGAGUAACGCCUUUACUGUAGCUGUUGAAGAAUUUUCUGGUUUUGUUUUCACUCAAGGUUGAAAAACUUAGCAGAAUAUUUCCUGACAAAUCUUCUAAGUCUGUAGUAUUCACAACUGUAGAGGCAGACACCUCAGGUUUGUCAUGUAUCAGUCAUCCACAGAGGUGCUGGUUGGUUUGCUGAAUAUGCAUUCAGAAACAAAUCCUCUAGUGGCAGUAAUGUUUAGAAAUGCCAUUAAUAAUGCACAGUAGGCAGUACUGUAUUUUAAAUUCUGUGCUUGGAGAGGGCAUGGUGGGCACGUAAACUCUUCAGAGCUAUCUGCUCUGGCUAAUUUUGAAUAUAUCUGGAUAUGUAAAUAACCUGAGUUAAAGUGAGUUCUGUGCAGACUGUGACUGUGAGGAUGUACCAGGAAGUUUUAGCCCUGAAAGCUGAUGGUUCUCUCUGUGUUGGAUGUGUUUCUUCAUUGGGUUUCUCAUGGGUUUUUUCAUUACAAAAUCCCUGUGUUACCAGUAUCUGUUCUCCAAGGGCAAGCAAGGAAAGUUGUGGGCGGAUAGCAUAAGGGCAAUUGCAGCUGAUCGGAUUGCUGAGCUUCCUACAGUUUGCCAGAUGGGUUUUGUUCAGUUCAGUCUUGUGCUUUGAACAACUGUCUCUUUUCUCAUACUGGCUUGUUCCUGUGAGUUCUGUGACUUCUGUUUAAAUUUAAUACCUACAAGACAUCAUGGAAACUCUAUGAAAAUUAUCUAGUUGUAUUUUUCCAUUAAGGACUUCCUUAUUGCUGAACUUUAGGGAGAGCUGAAGCACAAGGCAGAUUGGUAGCUGCAGAACCCUAGGAAAAGUCAUAUGCUGCUGAGGAGCUGUUGGGCAUCUUGCUUCCUAGAUUUCUUUUUUUGUGCGUGUGUGUCAGUAGAUGUUAUUUAGUGAGCAUGAACAAAUAAAUGCCUACAAAUAUCUAAAUAGCAACUGUGAUCCAGACAUACCAUUUUUUAAUCUGGACUUCAAUUGAAGCCAAGAGUUGGAUGGCAUCAGCCGAGGAGGUUUGUUUGUUUGUUUGUUUUAGCCAGAGAUAUAUGUCCACCAGGGUUACAGUUAGCCAGGGUAUAUCCUCCAAGAUGCACCUGGUUGUGCAAGUUAGCAUUCUCUGCUUCAUUGUAUGUAACUAUACUCAUGCAAAUGCAAGCCUAACUUGGCCAAGAAAGAUGCAAGAAUGCGUUUGACUGCAUCAUCUUGUAACACAGACAUAAACCAAGGGGAGGGCUUCUAGGAAUGUUACACUGUAAAAAAACGAGAUAAAUCACAUGAACAAUUUAGAUGACACCUGGGUGUAAGGGGAGGUAGAAGGAGAUCAUCAUAUUUUUAUUUCAGGUUCCAACUCCAUGUAUCUUCAUUUCUUCAUGUAUCUAUGAUUGUUAUAAUGGUAAGUUAUUCUUCCCUGACAGAAGCUUUUUGUAAAGAAUCAUAGAAGAUGCCAAAGAGACGUGACAUGAUAAAGUUGCUGACUCCUGUAAACCAGAUUCCUGUUUCACUUUUCACAUGAUACUUUGUGGCCUCAUCUUGCUUGAAGGAUUAGGGGGAAUAUUUGUAAGGUCGCAUUUGACAGAAAGACAGAUUACUCCCCCUAGUGAGUUAAAAAGCUUUUAAUUUAUCUACAAUUAAACUUGAGGCAAAUGAACAAGGAGAGUAAUUUCUCAAAUAUUCUAGGAUUUAACUUCCAGUUUUUGAAGGUAAGUAGUUUCCAAAGGAAGUACUCCUACUUCUUCAUAGCAGUACUGCCAUGUAGCACAUCUUCUCUGGGUUUUAAAUGGUUACUGGCUCUUGGAGAUCAUGUCACCUGAUGAAUCCGGAACCUUGUGAUAGAUGCAGGUCUCAGCCUACAUCCAGGGAAUAACUGGAGCCUAUGGAAGGAAUCUUCAGAGUCCACCUCAGCUAGCCAGCAGAAAAGGGAUGUGAUGGAAACAAAAGAUCUGUCCUUAAGCAGGCUGGUGUCUCCUUCCAGUUAGUUUCUGUGCUUUACUUCUCUCCUGGAGUUAACUGUCUGAGCUUACGUCUACAUGAACAGGAACUGCAGUCUAAUAGGAGUGCCUUCCUUAACAGGAGAGUUGGUGCUGAGGAACUGAUGUGACUGCUGCACAUUUCAUUAGCAAUUGGAGGAUGUUAGAUGUACCCUUGAAGUGCAGCUGCCAGCUGCCUUGUAUCUGAAAGAGCAUUGUUCAAGAGCACUCUACAAUACAAAUGAAAGCACAUUAAGUGGGGAUGAUCAGUAAACUCUGUUCAGAGGUGUGCUCCGGAUCUAAACUCAAGUGAAGGUGUGCCCAGAGGCCCGUGUUAAUUGCUUUAGUUUGGGGCACUCAGUAGUGCCGGGAUGUGAUCUCAUCAUUUCUAUUGUUUGUCACUUGCCAGCCUGAAGAAAUUGAAAUGACUGGAGGAGAUGGCCAGUGACUGAACAUAUUGUUAGUAAAAUUUAAGUGGUGAAUUUAAGUUGUCUAAAGACAGACAUAGGUAACUAAGUACAUGUAGUCCCUUGUGGUCCAUUUCCGGUAUGGACAAGUGCUGAGCACAUAGCAUCUUCAAGGGUAAGUAUCUAGUUUAACACUGUCAUAUAAGUUCCGUCUGUGGAAACACCAAUCUCAAGAAGAUGAGUUGUCACAUCAGUCUAAGAAUAAAACUUCUUGGAAGUCCCUCUUGUGCCCAGUCAAGAGGAAUUAUGACACUUUCAGUGAAGAAGGGGACUGUAACUGUCUAAACAGGACUAGUUUCUUUCUUUCCUUGUUUUCUAAAAGCUAAAGACUAGCUUUUAUGUGCUUACCACUACAGUUUUCAACAAGAAACUAGUGUUUUAGAUAAUUCACUUGUCAUCUGUCAGCCACAGCUUUCUUGUUUUGCUGGAGGAAGGUCCUACCUCAGAAUUCUACCAGUUUUGUUAUUUGCUGGCCUGCAAAGAAGCCUAGUGUACAAUGAAUGUGGUGUUUUUUUUUUCUUUUAUACCGUGUGUGAAAUAUCACAGCUGUAGAAAUUAAAAGCAAACAUACAGAGGAAAAAUAACUGAAAAUGUUAACCAUCUACGUAUGCUUGCUUAGUUUCUGAUGGUUGUGGGAAUGGCGAAGGCACUGUACUGAAUAAACAUUGCCAGUGUGCUACUGAA